AUGGCUUAUUCCUCCAAUUUCUUUUCACAAGAUUCAUUCUCUUUGAAUCCCAAAACGCACCACGAGUUUCUCCCCUUCAACGAAAACGACCCAGAAGAGAUGCUUUUAUACGGCAUGAUAACAUCAUCAUCACAACAACAACAACAACAAAAACACAAACUAAUCCCUAGUAGCAAAGAAACAACAACAAAGAGCAACAAGUCCUACCGCGGCGUCCGACGGAGACCGUGGGGGAAAUUCGCGGCGGAGAUAAGAGAUUCAACUCGGCAUGGCAUAAGGGUCUGGCUUGGAACAUUUGAUAGUGCGGAAGCAGCCGCACUAGCUUAUGAUCAAGCUGCUUUUUCGAUGAGAGGUUCCGCCGCAAUACUUAAUUUUCCGGUUGAGAAGGUUAGGGAAUCGCUUAGGGAUAUGAAUUAUGUGGUGUCUAGUGAUGAUCAGUGUUCGCCGGUUGUUGCUUUGAAGAGAAAGAAUUCGAUGAGAAGGAAAAUGGAUGAAAAGAAGAAGAAACAUGAGAGAGAUGUUGUUGGGAUAGAUAAUUUGGUUGUGUUUGAAGAUCUUGGUUCUGAAUAUUUGGAACAGUUGUUGAUGUCUUAUUGUUGA